AUGGGACAGACCGUGACGACUCCUUUGACUCUAACCCUUAACCACUGGACUGACGUAAAAGCUAGGGCUCACAAUCUGUCUGUCGGGGUACGGAAGGGCCCCUGGCAGACCUUCUGCACCUCUGAAUGGCCAACCUUUGGAGUCGGCUGGCCGCCAGAAGGUGUCUUUAACCUCUCUCUUAUUUCCGCAGUAAGAAAGGUCAUUUUUCAGUCUGAAGGGGGACACCCGGACCAAAUACCCUACAUUCUCGUCUGGCAGGACCUCGUCCAGAAUCCACCAGUGUGGGUCAAGCCCUGGAUAUUUGGCCGCCCUGAGCCAACUUCCACUAUAAUGGCAGUAGCCUCAGACCCCGAGCCCAACUUGCCUGUUCCCCCCCGACCUUCAGCUCCCCCGCCCCUCUACCCUGAGAUAGACAAUGAUCUUCUUCUUGACUUCUCCCCCCCUCCGUACUCCCAACCUCAAUCCUCUCCCCAGCCGGCACAACCUAACGUGCCACACGUCGCUGUGGGGCAACCCCCGGCGGCCGGUCCACGCGAACCGGGACCAGCAGGGGGAACCCGGAGCCGGAAGGGCCGCAGUCCAGAAACUGUUCGCCCCUCCGAGUCACGGUCUCUUGCCCUCCCCCUUCGGGCAAUGGGGCCCCCGCCAGGAGAUGACCAGCUUCCCCCUUUACAGUACUGGCCUUUUUCCUCGGCAGAUCUAUAUAAUUGGAAGACUAUGCACCCCACCUUUUCAGAUAAUCCCUCUGCCCUGACGGGACUCCUCGAGUCUCUCAUGUUUUCGCAUCAGCCCACCUGGGACGACUGUCAACAACUGCUCCAGGUCCUCUUCACGACAGAGGAAAGAGAAAGAGUCCUCCUAGAAGCCAGGAAAAACGUCCCGGGGGCCGAUGGGACUCCCACUAAUCUCCCUAACCUCAUAGAUGAAGGGUUUCCACUGACCAGGCCAACCUGGGACUUCAAUACCGCAGAAGGUAGGGAGCGCCUCACCGUCUACCGCCGGGCUCUCAUUGCUGGUCUAAGAGGGGCUGCAAGACGCCCCACGAAUCUGGCUAAGGUAAGAGAGGUUGUCCAAGGUCCAGUUGAACCGCCCUCGGUUUUCCUGGAACGCCUAAUGGAAGCUUAUAGGAGGUACACUCCUUUUGAUCCAGCUUCAGAGGGACAACAGGCGGCCAUAGCAAUGGCCUUUAUUGGGCAGUCAGCCACAGAUAUAAAAUGUAAGCUACAGAGGCUAGAGGGACUUCAAAAUUAUUCGUUGCGAGACUUAGUGAAGGAGGCAGAGAAAGUGUUCCACAAGAGAGAAACAGAGGAGGAGAAAAAGGAAAGAGAAAGAAGCAGGCAGACAGGGCACCUGGGCGACAGGGCAAGAAGAACCCCGAGAGGACAAGAUCGUCCAUUCGAUAGAGAUCAGUGUGCCCAUUGUAAAGAAAAAGGACUUGACCGUCCACUCGAAAAAGAUCAGUGUGCCCAUUGUAAAGAAAAAGGACACUGGGCAAGGGAGUGCCCGAAAAAGCAACUCAGGAGGAACAAGGUCCUGGCUCUCGAUGAUUAGGGGGGACGGGGCUCGGUCCCCCUCCCCGAGCCCAGGGUAAUGCUUCCAGUAGAGGGGACUCCCAUCAACUUCCUGGUGAACACGGGAGCUGAACAUUCGGUAUUGACCAGGCCCCUAGGAAAAUUAGGAACAAAAGAAACCAUGGUUGUGGGGGCCACGGGCAGCAAAUUCUACCAUUGGACUACAAAAAGAAAAUUGGACGUUGGGAGGGGCCGAGUAACUCACUCCUUCCUGGUCAUCCCUGAGUGCCCUGCGCCCCUCCUGGGAAGAGAUUUGCUGACCAAAUUAAAGGCACAAAUUCAGUUUACCCCUGAGGGACCUGAAGUAACUUUGGGGGAAGCUCCUGUGACUUGUCUGGUAGUCGGACUUGAGGAGGAAUACCGCCUCCAUGAAACAAAGCCUGGAGAAGUAGUUGCUUCAGAAUGGCUUACCCAAUUCCCUGAGGUCUGGGCUGAACAGGCAGGAAUUGGCAAGGCUAAACAAGUACCCCCGAUAGUGGUAGAGCUGAAGGCGCAUGCCUCACCUAUCUCGGUGAGACAAUAUCCCAUGAGUAAAGAAGCAAAGGAAGGCAUCCGUCCCCACAUCCAGAGGCUGAUACAGCAAGGAGUUCUAGUACCCUGCCGAUCUCCCUGGAACACGCCUUUGCUGCCGGUGAAGAAACCUGGCACUGGGGACUACCGACCAGUACAAGACUUAAGGGAGGUUAAUAAAAGGGCCCAGGAUUUGCAUCCCACUGUGCCUAACCCUUACAAUCUACUGAGUUCCCUCCCACCGGAGCGGGUUUGGUACACAGUGCUAGAUUUAAAAGACGCUUUUUUCUGUCUCCAAUUACACCCCAGCAGCCAACUGAUGUUUGCUUUUGAGUGGAGAGAUCCGGAAGGGGGACACACUGAACAACUGACAUGGACUAGAUUGCCCCAGGGUUUUAAAAACUCCCCCACACUAUUCGACGAGGCACUCCAUAGGGACCUGGCCCCCUUCAGGGCUCGGAACCCCCAAGUCUCCCUUCUUCAGUAUGUUGAUGACCUCCUGCUGGCAGCAUCCACCAAGGAAGCGUGUGAAGAAGGAACCAGAGAACUCCUAAAAGAAUUGGGUGAGUUAGGGUACCGGGUGUCGGCCAAGAAAGCUCAGUUGUGCCGCAACGAAGUAACAUACCUGGGGUAUGUCCUGAAAGACGGCAAGAGGUGGCUCACAGAAGCCAGGAAAAAGACAGUAGUUACCAUUCCUGUCCCCAAGACUCCACGGCAGGUACGGGAAUUUCUGGGGACAGCCGGUUUCUGUAGACUUUGGAUACCUGGGUUUGCCUCCCUAGCCGCUCCCCUGUAUCCACUUACACGGGAUCAAGCUCCCUUUGCUUGGACACAGGAGUGUCAAGAAGCCUUUGAAAAAAUUAAAACUGCUCUACUCACAGCACCAGCCCUGGCCCUGCCGGAUCUAACCAAACCUUUUACCCUGUAUGUGGACGAACGUGCGGGAGUGGCUCGGGGAGUGCUAACCCAAGCCCUGGGACCUUGGAAAAGACCAGUAGCCUACUUGUCAAAAAAACUCGACCCAGUGGCAAGCGGCUGGCCGUCAUGUCUGAGGGUAAUCGCAGCGGUGGCUCUCCUGGUAAAAGACGCUGACAAACUUACUCUGGGCCAGCAUGUAGUUAUAGUCGCUCCCCAUGCAUUAGAAAGUAUAGUCAGGCAGCCUCCUGACCGUUGGUUGACCAACGCCCGAAUAACUCACUACCAAAGUCUCUUGCUAAACGACCGUAUAACGUUCGGACCGCCUGCUAUUCUUAACCCCGCCUCCCUGCUCCCGGAGACAGACGGAUCCCAGCCGGUACACUCAUGCACAGACAUUUUAGCUGAGGAAACUGGAACCCGGAGAGACCUGACAGAUCUGCCCUGGCAUGGGGCGCCGAAUUGGUACACAAAUGGUAGUAGCUUCAUCAUGGAUGGAAAAAGAAAAGCCGGAGCAGCCAUAGUGGAUGGGAAGCAAGUAAUAUGGGCCAGCAGCCUUCCUGAGGGGACUUCGGCACAAAAAGCUGAAUUACAAGCUUUGACAAAAGCCCUUGAGCUGGCAGAAGGAAAAGUUAUUAACAUCUACACCGACAGCAGAUACGCGUUUUCCACCGCUCACAUUCACAGCGCAAUCUACAAACAAAAAGGACUCCUCACGGCUGCAGGAAAGGAAAUUAAGAACAAGGAAGAAAUCCUUGCUCUCUUGGAAGCCAUACACCUGCCGAAAAAGGUAGCUAUUAUUCAUUGUCCUGGACAUCAAAAAGGAAUGGACCCCGUGGCAGCAGGGAACAGAAUGGCAGAUCACACUGCUAAGAAAGCCGCACAAGGAACUGUCUCCUGUGCCUUAUGUGAGCAACGAAAGAAACCCCAACCAAAAGAAGAUAAUUUCAGUCUAAACUACACACCAAUAGACUGUGAGGAAAUUGAACGCCUAAAGGAAAAAGGAUUAUCCAGCGGAUUUGACUGCCAUGGGAUCGCAAAAACUAAAGACAACAAAAUCAUUUUGCCUCAUAAAGAAGGUGAAUACUAUGUAAAGAGUAUCCAUCACCUAACACAUUUAGGAAAAAAGAAAUUGUGCGAACUAGUAAAAGCCUCCAAUUAUCACGUACUCCGACUACGAACUAUAACAGAACAAGUAACCCAGUCCUGUAAAGCCUGUGUUCUAACAAAUGCCCACCACCCGCUCGUAGAACCAGGAAAACGGCUGCGGGGAGACAGACCAGGAGUCUUCUGGGAAGUAGAUUUCACAGAAAUCGUUCCUGGUAGGUAUGGCAAUAAAUAUCUUCUAGUCUUCAUAGACACCUUCUCCGGAUGGGUUGAAGCUUUCCCCACAAAGUCUGAAACUGCCCAGGUGGUCACGAAAAAAAUUCUGGAAGAAAUUUUGCCCCGGUUCGGGAUACCCAAGGUAAUCGGCUCCGACAACGGGCCCGCGUUUGUCGCCCAGGUAAGUCAGGAACUGGCCAAACAGCUGGGGACCAAUUGGAAAUUGCAUUGCGCUUAUAGACCCCAGAGUUCAGGGCAGGUAGAGAGAAUGAAUAGAACUCUAAAAGAGACCCUCACUAAAUUGGCUAUUGAGACCGGCGGGAAGGACUGGUUGGGCCUCCUUCCCUUUGCGCUCCUCAGAGCCCGAAACACACCCGGACGUUUCGGGCUCACUCCCUAUGAGAUCCUUUUUGGGGGACCUCCCCCCUUGACCAGACCAGACGGAGUAUUAGACCCCGCCUUAGAUUCCCACUCACCCUCUGCUUUGUUUAUCCACCUUAAGGCUCUAGAGGCUGUCCGCACCCAGAUCUGGGACCAGAUUAAAGAAGCCUAUUCACCUGGGACUCCUGCGGUGCCACACGGGAUCCAAGUCGGUGAUCUGGUCCUUGUUAGACGUCAUCAAGUGGGAACCCUCGAGCCCAGGUGGAAGGGACCCUACUUAGUACUGUUAACCACCCCAACAGCUGUGAAAGUAGACGGAAUUGCUGCCUGGAUCCACGCGUCACACACAAAGAAAGCUCCUGCUGAAAAGCUUAAGGAUGAAUGGAAAGUGGAAGCAACUGAUAAUCCUCUUAAACUUCGCCUGCGCCGUCGCCUCUGCCCAGAGCGGUAA